AUGGCUCACUGUUUGAGCUGUUUUCGUAAGAGAAGCGACGCAGGUGUUGACGCGGACGUUCCUCCCCAACCCCGCAGACCCAACGACAAAGUGGACAAGGUAAACGAGAGCAAAAUCGCGCCGCCGGCAAACAUUGUGCCUCUUGAGAUAAAUGGUACUCCAAGAACCAAAAACGAUGCGCAGAAUGAUCAGAUUGAUGAUUUCGACGGACAGAGGGAGAAAACACCAGAGCAAGCGCUAGGUUUAGGUACAGCAUCAACAACCCAAUCCCAGUCCCACAUUCAGUCUGCGUCUCAAACUGAUAGUCAGAGCCAUUUAGAUCGCCGAUUAAAAGCAGAAACUCGAGCAGGCUCACGUAAUCUUUGGGAAGUCGCAGAACAAAGACUAGACGAGCAAUACAAGAAAUGGCUAAAUUGCGAAGCCUCCCAACCAAUCGACAAAGUCAUAGAGAGGAUACAAAGCGAAGCCAAGGAGAAUUACAAGCGACUCGAGAAGCAAGAGCUUGGAGCUCGAGGGGAAAAAAGAGGAAGCUUCGAUGCACGCGCGAAAUUUAAGAAUCUCCUUGGCUUCACUUUACAGGCGCAAGACUUGAUCGGAGCGGUUGUCAGCUUUGAUGCAACCGGUAAUGCAUCAACUGCAUGGUCGAUAGUAUUGUUCGGAUUGACGCUACUUCCAAAAGAUAUCGAGCGACAUGACUUAGUCGUGAACGCAUCGGAAUACCUUGCUGGGGUGCUGUCUUAUCACGCCAUCAUUGACAACAAUUACCGUUUCGAAUAUUCACAAGCAAAUGAAGGUCUUGAGGAUGCUCUUGUAGAAGUUUACACUGCAACUCUCAAGUACGCCGCUGAAGUGGAAAAAGCGAAGAGGGAGAGUCAUGGGCGGCGCUUCUAUAACAAUAUCACUGCUUUAGUUGAAAACCCGCUGGAGGAUCUCAAAGCAAGUGUUGGUGGUAUGAGUGAUGUUGUUGAUAGGUGGAAGUCCUUGGUUCGAGAUGAAGACCAAACAAAAAAGACACAGGAGAUACUGAACGUUCUCAGAGAAGAAGUUAUCAGGGAUUUGAAGGAAAUCUCAUCGCGAGCUCGGAACGACGAAGAACUGCAGAUUCUUGAGUGGCUCUCGGCAGCUCAGUAUUCCAAACCCCAAAAUGACAAACAAAAAAAUCGAUCCUCCAACACUGGAAAAUGGAUACUGGAGUCAGAAGUAUACACCGAUUGGAAGGCGAGUCCAGGGGAAAUUCUAUGGCUUCGUGGUGCUGUUGGGUGUGGAAAAUCGUACCUUUGCUCUACAAUAAUCCAUGACAUUGAGCGAUACUGCGAUGGGGCUAUUUUUGAUGCUCUUGCAUACUGGUACUUUGAUUUCAGCGACGAGAAGACACAAUACGUUGAGAACAUGGAGCCCAGAAGGGAAAGAGAUUCACUGCUUCAGUUCAUGGAAGACUUGAUAAGAAAACCCCAGGAAAAGCUUCAUCUUCUCGCAACAAGCCGGCCAGAGCCUGAUAUUUCUGAGAAACUGCAGAAGUAUAUAGGUUUCGACCUCGAGGCUAGCCUGGAGGAAGAUGGUGAUUCCGAUGGGCUGAGCUUCAAAUCAAACGGCUUGAAGAUUGUCAUAAACGAGAUGAUAUUGAAAGGGCUCUAG